AUGAGUUGCUCAGUGACAUAUGCUUACUCGACAGCGGAAAUUGCUUAUGAUUGGUGCACAUCGAAAGAGCCAAAUUGUGCAUCAGCGGUAAAAGCAGAUGAUAUAGAGCUGUCAAGUUACAAAUUCGCGAAAGUCUGCCAGAAUCGAACACUUGCCACGACGGCGUCAGGCACUUAUUCACGUCUGAAAGUCACUUUCGUAUUUGACCGAGAAACAAGUUUUUACUUUCUUCAAAUUUUCUUCCCAGCGAGCCUUGUCGUGGUGCUCUCAUGGAUUUCAUUUUGGAUUAAUCGAGACUCAGCCCCUUCGCGAACACUCAUUGGGACAAUGACGGUACUCACUGAAACACAUUUAAUGACAGGAACGAAUAGGAGAUUGCCACCAGUGUCGUAUAUCAAAGCCGUCGAUGUUUUCUUAGGAUUUUGCUAUUUGCUUGUAAUUCUGGCGCUCAUUGAAUACGCAUGCGUGGCGUAUUCGAAAAAAAAGAAUGAAGAUCGGAGGCGACGCGAAAAGAAAAUGGAACACAAACCGGCGCCGGUCACGCCUGACAUUUUGCAUGAUGUACGAUUGGCGGAAUGCACAUGCAACACUGCUCCGACUUCAAUCAUCGCCGUUGUCAAACAACCAAACCGGUAUUGUGUUCGCCACAGUCACAUUGAUAUCGCCAGUCGAGCCCUUUUCCCGGCAAUUUUCUCCCUAUUCAAUCUGAUCUUCUGGAUAAUUCUUUGUUAUAAAGCAGGUCGCCUCCCAUUUAUAAGCGAAUUACCGGAGAAUCGGUGCGAGGAGGUCUAA